GAGAGAAAUAGGCAGAGAGAGCAUGAGAGAGAAGAGACUGGGAGACAGAGGCAAAGAGAGAGUGAGAGAGAGAGAGAAAGAAAGAAGAAGAAAUAGAGCGAGAGAGAGAAAGAGCAGGGAGAGGGCUGGAGAAGGGAGAGAGCGAGAGAAAGAGAAGGGAGAGAGAAAGAGUAGGGAGAGAGUGAGAGCGAGAGCGAGUGAGACGCUGACACUGAGAGAGACGCACACUGUAAAAGAGGCAGAGUCAACAGCUACAGCAACAGAGCUCCCGUUCUCUCUCACACACAGACAGAGAACCAGACCCAUUCCAGGGGAGACGGUGAGCACACACCCCCACUGAGGAGCACCGUCUCUUGGGAGGAGAUCCCACACCCCGCCCCUCCUCCGUCUGUGUGUUUUUGCAAAAAAACUGGAAGAGAGACAUAGAAGAGAGUGAAGGAAGGAGGGAUGAGUGGCUUGUUUGCCACAGCUGCUGAUGCUAGAGGCUGAGAACGAGGGACGCUGACGAAGAGAGAGAGAAAAAGGGAUCUGAAGACCAGAGGAUUGGAGGAGAGGUAGACUGGCACAUGUAGAGCUUCUCAAACAUAUGGACAGAGACAAGAGAGGGACACAGUGUCGGGGAACACACACACAUCACACGCACAAACAUCACACACACGUCACACACACACACAGGCACCGAUGAGGAGGGAACAGGGACCACGCUUCAGUCCUGGGUGUGUGGUAAACUGACCCAGCCUGUGAUAGGCUAGGAGUCAGAUCAGGACCACCAGGGCCAUGACUGGCUCCCCGGGCAUCAGUGGGCAGUCCCUGUCACCAUGGCGGUGGCUGAGUCGCUGGGGGCCGAUCCUGCUGCUGGUUACCAUGACAACCCUACUGCCAGGUUGUUGCCAGGCAUGCCCUCCACGGUGCGAGUGCUCGGCCCAAAUCCGGUCCGUCUUGUGCCAGCGGCGGCGGCUCACCGGCAUCCCAGAGGGCAUCCCCACGGAAACUCGCCUCCUGGACCUCAGCCGGAACCGUCUCCGCUGGGUGGAGAUGGGUGACCUGGCGCCGUAUCCACACCUUGAAGAAGUGGACCUGAGUGAGAACCUCAUUGCCACACUGGAGCCCAACGCGUUCGCCAACCUGCAGAGCCUCCGGGUGUUACGGCUGAGGGCGAACCAGUUGAAACUUGUACCCAUGGGGGCCUUCGCCAAGCUGGUCAACCUGACCACGCUGGACCUGAGUGAGAACAAGCUGGUGAUUCUAUUGGACUACACGUUCCAGGACCUGAGGAGUCUAAGACACCUGGAGGUGGGAGACAAUGACCUGGUCUACAUCUCUCAUGAGGCCUUCUCUGGCCUGCUAGGGAUGGAGGAUCUGACCAUUGAACGCUGCAACCUGACUUCCAUCUCUGGCCAGACGCUGUCCUACCUACGCAGCCUGGUCACUUUGCGACUACGCCAGCUCAGCAUCCCCGCCCUGGAGGACCAUAACUUCCGUAAGCUGGCCAACCUCCGGGGGCUGGAGAUCGACAACUGGCCUUACCUGGAAUACAUCUCCCCCCUGAGCUUCCAGGGUCUGGACCUGUACUGGCUGUCCAUCACCAACAGCAACAUCACCUCCGUCCCCUCGUCCUCCUUCAGAAACCUGAUCCACCUCACCCAUCUCAACCUGUCCUACAACCCCAUCACCACCCUGGAGCCUUGGGCCUUCAGGGACCUGCUGAGGCUCAAAGAGCUGAUCAUGGUGAACACGGGCCUGGCUACGGUGGAGCCCCACUCCCUGGGAGGCCUCAGACAGAUCCGGGUCCUCAACUUCUCCUCCAAUGACCUCCAGACUCUGGAGGAGGGAUCGUUCCACUCUGUCAACAGCCUGGAGACGCUGCGGGUGGAUGGGAACCCACUGCUGUGUGACUGCCGUUUGUUGUGGAUCCUGCAGAGACGCAAGACCCUCAACUUUGACGGCAGGGUGCCUGUGUGCGCUGGGCCGGUGGAGGUGCAGGGGAACAGCCUCAGCACCUUCACCGACUCAGCGCUCUUUGAUCACUUCACCUGCCAGAAGCCCAAGAUACGAAACCGCAAGCUUCAACAGGUGACAGCUCGUGAGGGCCAGCCAGUGAGUUUCCUCUGCAGUGCCGUGGGAGAGCCCGCCCCCAACAUCAUGUGGAUCUCCCCUCAGCGCCGACUAAUCACAGCCAAGAGCAAUGGUCGCAUCACCGUCCUCCCAGGAGGGACGUUGGAGAUCCGCUAUGCUCAGGUCACCGACAGCGGCACCUACAUGUGCAUCGCCAGCAAUGCCGGGGGCAAUGACACUUACUUUGCGAUGCUCACGGUUCGGGGCGCGCCGCUGGAUGCCUCGUCGGCCUUCUUCGCCAACCGCUCGAUGUAUGGCGGCGAGUUCUUCAACGACACAAACCUGAAUAGCACUCGCGUCUUCCUCAAGUUCACCCUGGACCUGACCACCAUACUGGUCUCCACAGCGAUGGGCUGCAUCACCUUCCUGGGCGUGGUGCUUUUCUGUUUCCUGUUGUUGUUUGCAUGGAGCCGGGGGCGGGGCCAGCGUAAGAACAACUUCACCGUCGAGACCCCUUUCCGGAAGGCCGAGGGACCGGCGGCGGUGGGUGGCGCCGGAGGUGCCCGGAAAUUCAACAUGAAGAUGAUAUGAUACCAUGCAGCC